UAAUAUUAGUUACAUGUAUCAUCAUCGAUUGAUACUCGGGAAUAUCUACAGAACAGUGGGCACACUACUCCAUCCACCACCAAGACCACAACCCUCAUUUAAACCCUUCUCACAUUCUCUCUCCUCAAAACCCCUAAUUUCCUUCUUCCGCACAUUCCUCACCAACCUUCAAUCUUCAUCAAUGGAUUCCCACGAAAUCUCUCUUCGGCAAGCUUUAGCCGAGAAGCAAGCCGCUGUCGACGCACAAGCUAACACUGUCCGCGACCUCAAGGGUUCUGGCGCCGCCGAUAAAUCCGCCAUUGACGCCGCCGUUGAAGCUCUCAAAGGUCUGAAGUUGGAGAAGUCUUCGAUUGAAGAAAAGCUUCAAGCGAUUGUGAAGAGUAAUGGAGGUGAUAGUAAAGAGGCGUUUCGUCAAAGCGUGCUUAAUACGCUUGAGAGGAAAUUGUUCUUUGUUCCUUCGUUUAAGAUCUAUGGCGGUGUUGCUGGUCUUUAUGAUUAUGGUCCUCCUGGUUGUGCUGUUAAGCAGAAUGUUCUUGCCUUUUGGCGUCAGCAUUUUGUCCUGGAAGAAAACAUGUUGGAGGUUGAUUGCCCUUGUGUGACGCCAGAGGUUGUGCUUAAGGCAUCAGGACAUGUGGAUAAGUUUACUGACCUUAUGGUGAAGGAUGAAAAGACAGGAACAUGUUUCCGAGCUGAUCACUUGCUCAAGGAUUUCUGCAAGGAGACUCUUGAGAAAGACCUCAGUCUAUCUGCAGAGAAAGUAGCAGAACUCAAACAUAUCCUGGCUGUGCUGGAUGAGUUCUCUUCUGAGGAGUUGGGUGCAAAGAUAAAGGAAUUUGGCAUAACUGCACCUGAUACCAAAAAUCCUCUUUCUGAUCCAUAUCCCUUUAAUUUGAUGUUUCAGACUUCCAUAGGUCCUUCUGGCGUAAGCUCAGGGUUCAUGCGACCAGAGACAGCACAAGGUAUUUUCGUGAACUUCAAGGACCUAUACUAUUACAAUGGCAACAAGCUUCCUUUUGCUGCUGCCCAAAUUGGCCAAGCUUUUAGAAAUGAGAUAUCUCCACGCCAAGGUCUUCUCAGGGUUCGUGAGUUUACUCUGGCAGAAAUAGAACAUUUUGUGGAUCCCCAGGAUAAGUCUCAUCGAAAAUUCCGUGAAGUUGCAAAUUUGGAGUUUUUGAUGUUUCCAAGGGAGCUACAGGUGUCCGGGCAAUCUGCAAAGAGGAUGGUCCUUGGUGAUGCCGUGAGCAAGGGCACUGUGAACAAUGAAACUUUGGGUUAUUUCAUUGGAAGAGUGUACCUCUUCCUCACCAGCCUUGGUAUCGACAAAGAACGGCUGCGAUUCCGUCAGCAUCUUGCAAAUGAGAUGGCUCAUUACGCUGCAGAUUGUUGGGAUGCUGAGAUUGAAUGCUCAUAUGGUUGGAUCGAGUGUGUUGGCAUUGCUGACAGAUCUGCAUAUGAUCUGCGUGCUCACACUGAUAAAAGUGGUGUAGCUCUUGUUGCUCAUGAAAAGUUUGCGGAACCAAGAGAAGUAGAGAAAGUUGUUAUUACUCCAAUCAAAAAGGAUCUUGGUCUUGCAUUCAAAGGGAACCAGAAGAUGGUUGUUGAAGCAUUGGAGGCCAUGGAUGAAAAGGAAGCAAUGGAAAUGAAGGCCAACUUGGAGUCUAAGGGUGAAGUGGAAUUCAAUGUUUGCACUCUUGGGAAGAAUGUGACAAUAACCAACAAGAUGGUAACAAUCAAGAAGGAGAAGAAGAAGGAGCAUCAGAGGGUUUUUACGCCAUCAGUUAUUGAGCCAUCUUUUGGCAUUGGACGAAUUAUAUACUGUUUAUAUGAGCAUUCUUUCUACACCAGAACAAGCAAAGGUGGCGAUGAGCAACUGAAUGUCUUCCGUUUCCCUCCACUUGUGGCUCCAAUCAAAUGCACUGUGUUCCCUCUUGUUCAAAAUCAGCAGUAUGAGGAGGUCGCUGAACAGAUUGUUAAGUCAUUGACUGCGGCUGGUAUCUCACAUAAAAUUGACACUACAGGCACAUCGAUAGGCAAGCGCUAUGCGAGAACCGAUGAGCUUGGAGUACCCCUUGCCAUCACUGUUGACUCAACAUCCUCAGUUACAGUUCGGGAGAGAGAUAGCAAGCAACAGAUCCGGGUCAAUGUUAAUGAGGUUGCAUCUGUUAUUAAAGAGGUGACUGAAGGUCAGAGUACAUGGGCAGAUGUGCAAUGGAGAUACCCAACUCAUUCAUCUACCUCCACUGACGAGUAAAAACAGUACUAAAACCAAGUUGAUCUUCAGAGAUGAAGAUCAAAAGUGGUGCUAUUUAACUGUACAAGAGCCGAUGACAUCUGAUAUUCCCGAGUUUUUUUUUUUCCCUCAGAUAACUAAAGUAAUUUUGCCACUGUAUGCUUAUCUUCUUGUUCUAAAUUUGAUACUUGAUUAUCAUUACAUUCCAAUUUAUCUUGCCACCA